AAUUGGAAUACUUUGACAGUUUCGAUUGCGGUUAAUUUGGAUUUGACACACUUCGAGUUCGUAACCGCAGUUUCUGACUCUAGAUUCUAAUUCUUAUUCUUUAUAUUAACUUACAAUAAUAUCUUGACCCCAGUAAAUAGCAAGGAAUAUGACUGACUUCAUUGAAGCGGUAUCCAAUCCAUUGGCACCUGAUGUGUUUGUGGGUCAUGGUGACUUUACGAAUCAAAAACUAUCUAAUAGUGAUUUUCGAAAAUUGUUAAUGACACCUAAGCCAUCAGUACAACCUUCAAAAAUUGAUGAAGUACAUGAAACUGGGACCCGGAUUUCUACUCACCAUUUGGAAAGAUCCGAUCGUAUACGCCAAGAUCCUAGUCAAACUAUUCAUCGUAGUAAACAUAAGAUAAGUCACAAGCGUCAUCAUGUUCGUAGCAAAAAAGAUGCUCAAAAAUCAGAUGUUUCUGAAUCAACACAUCGUUAUCGAGAUCGUGCAAAAGAACGACGUGACGGCAAACUAGUUGCUCCAACUGAGGAAGUUGAGGAAGAACGUGAAAUGGAAAAUGAUGAUGAUACUUUAACUCGUACAGCCGACUAUCGUGCUGUUGCACCAUCGUCUGCUGCUGGUGCUUCACAUGCUGAACGUCGUCGGAUGCUUAUACAGGAAUCUAAGUAUCUUGGUGGUGAUAUGGAACAUACUCACUUGGUCAAAGGUCUUGAUUAUGUUCUAUUACAAAAAGUCCGUUUGGAAAUACAAAAUAAAGAAAUUGAAGCCGAACAAGCCCUGGAUAUUGAAUUAAACAAACCUGAUAAAAUGAAAGAAAGUACUAAUAAUGAAGAAAGCAUACAGUUUCGUACUCAUCUAGCGGCAAGUAUAUGCAAUGUUAUUUUCAAUGAACGUCUCGCAGAACGUAAUGAAUAUUUUCAACCUGGUCGCAUGGCUUAUCGUAUUGAACUGGAAGAUGAUUCAGUGGAUUUUGAAGUACCAGCUACAGUGAUUCGUAGCAAAUCUGAUUGUUUACAAAUUGAUGGUCGUGGAACUGGUGCAAUAACUACUAACGAAAUUGUUAUUAAUAAACUUACUCAAAUCUUAUCAUAUUUGCGGGCUGGCAAACGACAUGCAAAGAAGACUAAGCUUAAAGGACGUGUUGCUGACAAAUCUGAAUUUGAUUAUGAAGACAAUCGACAUCUUAUUCAUAAAAUGGCUAAUACUGCUAUAUUUGAAGGUAUCGGAAACGAUUACUUACCGACAACAAAGAAGCAAUGCAAAAGUAACGAUAGGAUGGAUUUACCAUAUGAGGAUUCUAGAGUGUCGAAUUCACGUAAUCGUGUACCCGCUUCUAAUACUACUACAUCUGGUAGUAAUAGUAACACCAAUGCUGAAUCAAAUAGUGCACAAGCAUCAUACUUCGAUAUUCCUGCCAAUGCUGAUUCAGUCACAAAUAAUUCAAUAAGUGCUACUAAAGAAUUUUUAAAUGAAUUAAGUCAACGUUUUGAUGUUAAAGAUGAAAAUAGGUUACAGGAAAAAGCAAGUCUUGAACGAUUCUUUGCUAAAACUCAAGUCACGUGUUACGAUGAAUGUUAUCCCGGUUUCGCUGAAUCAUACGAUGCUAUGGGUGAUUCUGAUGAUGAAGCUGAUUUUAGCAAAAUGGAUUUAGGUAAUAAAAAAGGUCCAGUUGGUCGAUGGGACUUUGAAACACAGGAAGAAUAUAGUGAUUAUAUGUCGAAUAAAGAAGCUUUACCAAAAGCUGCAUUUCAAUAUGGUGUUAAAAUGGCUGAUGGUCGUCGUACACGUCGUAUUGGACCAAAAGAUGAAAAAGCUGAAUUAGAUCGUCAAUUACAAAAAAUACAAUCAAUCAUACAAAAGCGUAAACAAUUAGCUGAAGAUAGUGGUCCAGUAGGAAAAAAUGUCCGAUUUUAAAAUUGCUAUAAUAUACAUGUACAUUUAUUUAACCUUUGGUUUUUAAUUUGAUUCUACAUGAAAUAACUUUUACAUUCAGAUAUUUAGUUUAUUUUUGCUUUUCGUCCGAUUUUUUGUUAGAUGUUUUAAUCAUUUAAAUUAGAUUAUCGUCAAAAUGAAUUAGAAAUAGUGCGUGAAAGUGAUUACUCACUUCCUUUUUGUCAAAUAUAUAGUUCUACUUA